CACUCACAGAUGUGAGGCCUGAAAUUAUCUAAAUUACUAGUUCGAUCUCUGGUUGGUCAUUCGUUCCUCUUUGCAGAUUUUUUUCUGAAAGAAGAGGAAGACCUUUCAGUAUGUCUAUAGGGCUGGAGUUGAUAGGCCUCUCCCUGUGCAUCUUGGGAUGGAUUAUUGCAAUCGUGGCGUGUGCCAUCCCCAUGUGGAGGGUGACGGCCUUCAUCGGCAGCAACAUCGUGACGGCUCAGAUCAUCUGGGAGGGCCUGUGGAUGACCUGCGUGGUCCAGAGCACUGGCCAGAUGCAGUGUAAGGUCUACGACUCCAUGCUCGCCCUCUCCCAGGACCUGCAGGCCGCCCGCGCCCUCACCGUCAUCUCCAUCCUGUUGGCCAUCCUGGCAGUGCUUAUCGCCAUCGCCGGGGCCAAGUGCACCAACUGCAUUGACGACGAGGCAUCCAAGGCCAAGGUGAUGAUCAUCUCCGGGGUCUUCUUCAUCGUCGCCGGGGUCAUGCAGCUCAUUCCCGUCUCCUGGUCGGCCAACACCAUAAUCAGGGACUUCUACAACCCUUUGCUUACUGACGCUCAGCGGAGGGAGCUGGGGGCCGCACUGUACAUCGGCUGGGCAGCAGCUGCCCUCCUGAUUCUUGGCGGCGGACUGCUCUGCUGCUCCUGUCCGCCGCGUGAGACCAGGUACAACCCUUCGCGAAUGGCUUACACUGCCCCGCGGUCCGCAGGUGGCCCAGGGUUAGAAAGGAAAGACUAUGUAUGAAUGACGAUCAAAGAGGAUAUAUUUUCCUCUUUGACUUGAGUCUCAAACCGGCUCAUCCAAACCAAACUGAGGGUGUAUUGAGGAAAAGAGCUCAAGGGAACAAGGAGACUCUGUAAUGAAGGAUGUGUUUAAUUUUGCCUUUAAUGUUUGGUAUCUCUGAAUUCAGCUCUUUGCUUUUCAGAGACUGAAAAUACACAAAAGGACUUUGGAGAGGAAAUCUCCUUUAAUCAUGUUUCAAAACAAAAAGGCAAAGAAAAUGAUGUUCUUAGUGCUGUUUUUUUAAGGUCAACACGUUAAAUGUUAAUGUCACAUCAAUACCAAAUCAUAUACUUUUUAUACAGUUCUGGCAUCCUAAUGUUUACCACUAUAUACAAUAUUUUUUUAAUUAAAACUGCCAUGACUGCUUCAUGUGUCACCUUUAUAAAAAAGGCACGCCUGUGUACAAAAUGGAGAAAUAUGAUGUGUUAAAUGGUACGGCCGCAUCAUCAAUGAGAUUGGGUGUUGUGUAUAAAUACUGUAGUAAGAGUAUCAUCAUUCACCUGUAACUGUCAAGGAAGUUAAAGACUGUAUUCACUGCAGCUUUUCAGUGCAAUGUUGUAAUGGUGAGGAUGGGGGGGGGGGGAC